UUCUAGGGCAUAGUUUCCCCCAAAUCUGUGAAAACGAUUCCGAGCGGCGAAAAUGGCGAUCGAAGUAGCAAACGUCAGAUCGAACGGUGUAAUGGUUUCAGAAGAAGAAGAAACAACUAAAGUUGUUGUUCCAACCAAAAUUGAGGAAGCAGGAAGGAAAUAUUGCUGUGCUACUUGCUUUAAUUCAUAUGGACGAGUAACACAUGUUGCUCUUGAAAAGAGAGUCACUUUGAAGCUCAAUGCUAUUCUCUCUGGCCAGAAGGGACCCAAUGGCCAACGUUAUUACACUAAUCCUUAUGGACUGCCCGGAGAGACGAACUCCGUUCACAAUUAUACUGGAGUGCUACAUACAUGGACAGGGAAAAGGUUGUUCUCUUAGAUGAAGAAGAAGAGAAUGAAAUAGCAAGCGGUGACUCUGAGAUAGCGAGAAUGACCUACUUGAUGGCCGCGAACAAAGUGGAGGCUUAAGGACUAAAACGAGCUUAAUUAAAUGUACUGGGAUGUUGAUAACUUGUUGAAUUUAAUGCUGUUAUGGUUAGUUUAUAUAUAAACGGAUUAGACUGUCUGAGGAAGAAUAUCUCUUCUUUGUACUUGAUCGUGGUGUAACUCAGGUUAUAAGUUUAGUUUCUUUAUGAUGUUCUGUUAAAACA